UUAACAUUUAUUUCAAGUAAUGUCUUGAUGGUUUUAGUUUUUGUUAACUAUCAAGUCAAGUCAGGACACCUUAUCAAUAUAGCGCUUUUACAAUGCAGAUUUCAAAGCAGCUUUACAGAGAUAAUAGCUUUAAAAGGUGAAGCACUCGUAUUUAUUUAAUGAAAUCUAAGCCUUUUGAAGUUUAACAUUUUAGGUAGUGUCUUAAUUUAUGUUUGUCCAGCGCCAAAAUUUAAGACGAGUUAACGAUCAUUAAUGCCAUUUAAGGAGAUUAUUCGUGAUAACGCUAGUCACGUGACUGCUCCCCUCUUUUUCAUACGUCAAAAUACGUUUCCGCGGCUAGUUGAGAGGCGCGAAAAUUUUAAACCGGGCGACCGGUGACCGUUAAUCUGUUUGCUUCUGGAGGUGAGUAAAAUAUAAAUAGUCUCUGGCAAAAUAUAGUUUUAUACUACAUAAAAUUCACAAAUAUGUAAGGGUUGGCUGAAUAAGUUUAUAGUUAGUUAAUACAAGUAGCAAUAUUACAAAAGAAGUGGAAAGUUUAUUCGAGGUAAAUGCAGAGCAGGUGGUUUACUUAACGUUACAGUAACAGCCGAGUGGUGAGAAUCAUUUAACGUUAGUUAACGUCCACUUCAGACGUUACCUUAAUGAAACGUUAUCGUAAAAGCACUAAAUAAAACAUAAACAAGCUUCGUUAUUGUUCUCAAUGUUUAAUUAUUUGUGUUAACUAUACUAAGGAACACAAAUGAGUCGAAUUUGACGCCCUGGCAAAUGUUACAGUAAGUUAACUUACCUAUAUUUACAUAUAACAGCUAAGUUAAUCAACUUUAAAUUGAAUGUAAAGUAGUUCCAGAAGUAGUUCUGGUAACGUUAGUUCUUUACCUAAUGUAACGUUAACGUUACAUCAGUGAAAAGUGUGUACUGCCCCAGGCAAAUCGUGUAAGUUAUAUUAUAGCUAAGUUACUUGUAUGAUGAAUGUGAUUUCAAUCAGAUUUGAGGUGCAAGUUCACAAUUUAUAUAAACUUUAGGCUUACAACAAGAGUUUGAUUUGAUUUACUUUAUUAAGUAAACAACAACAGGAACAAGUCUUGUUCUCAAAUGUCAAAUUUUCAAAGCAUUAUAUAUACGACCAUCAUCUCAUCUUAUAUAACACUGAUUAUAAAAUCUAAUUGCAGUUUGGAAGUUAGGGGAGUUGGGGUGCGAUAGUGUAUUUACUUUUUGUUGUUGUUAUAAUUUAAAUAUUAUACUUUUUGCAAUUUACUAAGUUGCCAAUAGUUACUUUGACCCAAGUAAAAAAAAAAUCUUUUUUCUCAUAAAAAAAACGUUUUUCUUUCAGUAUAUUAUAAAGGCCUGUGAAAGCAGCCAGAUGUUCUUCAGCAGCGCAGAAGAGGUGACGCCGGGUUCGAGGUCUGAGCCCGGGCCGAGCAGCAGCACUCCAGCUCAAUGGCAGCUGAAUAUGAGAGGAAGAGCAGACAGGAUCAGCUCUUCUGUGGGUUCAUCUGGUGUUUACAGUAACAGCCGAGCGGCCUGUGAAAGCAGCCAGAUGUUCUUCAGCAGCGCUGAAGAGGUGACGCCGGGUUCGAGCUCUGAGCCCGGGGCGGGCAGCAGCACUCCAGCUCAAUGGCAGCUGAAAAUCAGUGGAAGCGCAGACAGGAUUGGCUCUUCUGUGGGUUCAUCUGCCCACUCCACACCUGCACUCUCACACCUUGGCCGAACCCCUCAGCGAGACCUCAACAUGACAACGUCUUCAUCUGCAUCUGCGUCUCAUGCGUCCUCUGUGAUAGUGGCUGUUGUGGAGGGACGUGGUUUUGCUCGGGGGGAGAUUGGCAUGGCCAGUAUCAAUGUCAAAUGCCCAGAGCUGGUGCUCUCACAGUUUGCAGACACUGGAACUUAUGCUAAGGUAAUUACUAAGCUGCAUAACUUGAUGCCAAUGGAGAUUCUGAUGCCAGACACUUCUAGUGUGAAAGGACAAGGAACAAAACUCUACAGCCUCAUCACUGACUCCUUCCCGUCAGUCACAUUCACUCCUGUUCUGAGGAAGUAUUUCAAUGAGAAGAAGGGCCUGGAGUACACACAGCAGCUCUGUGUCCCUGAGUUCAGCACUGUGCUGAUGGAGGUGCAAACCAAAUACUACUGCCUGGCAUCUGCAUCUGCCCUACUAAAAUACUUUGAGUUUGUUCAGAGCUCAAUAUAUGCUCCUAAGUCACUGAAAGUGGUCUUCACUGGCAGUGAGCAGACAGCCAUGAUUGACGCGAUAUCAGCCAGCAACUUGGAACUAGUUGUGAACCGCAGAGAUCACAGAAGUGAGCACACUCUGUUUGGGGUCUUAAACUACACUAAGACUGGUGGUGGAGAGCGGCGGUUACGCUCCAAUAUUCUUGAGCCUCUGCUGGAUGAGGUCACUAUCAACUCACGUUUGGACACCAUAGAGGAGUUGUUGCAGAAUGAGGAGCUCUUCUUUGGUCUGAAGAAUGCCAUUGCACAGUUCCUGGAUGUAGAUGAGCUGCUGUCUGCUCUUGUUCAGAUCCCAAAGCAAGAGACGGUACUGGUGGCUGAAGCAAAAAUAACGCAAAUAAUUAAGCUAAAGCACAUUCUAGAACUGGUCCCAUCACUGAAGGCGAUGCUGCAACAUUCCAAAACACCCUUGUUGGAAGCAUAUUUUACCUCACUUGAAGACAGCAGGUUUAACGGCAUUCUGGAUCAGAUCAAAUCACUGAUUAAUGAUGACACCAGCUAUAUGAAAGGCAGUUUGACCAUGCGCACACAAAAGUGCUAUGCUGUGCGGCCCAACGUCAGCGAAUUCUUAGAUAUUGCACGACGAGCCUACACAGAGGUGAUAGAUGACAUAGCAGAACUAGUGGCUCAGCUUGGAGAGAAGUACAGCUUACCCCUCCGAACUAGUUUCAACAAAGCACGUGGCUUCUUCAUUCAGAUGAGGCUGGAGGGUGUGGUCUUACCUGCGGGGAAGUUACCAGAGGAGUUCAUCAAAGUGACCAGACAGAAGAACAACUGCUCGUUCACCACUGUAGACCUCAUGAAAAUGAAUGACCACUGUGAGGAGGCUUUGAAAGACAUUUUUCACAUGUCUUAUGUGGUUGUGUCCAAGUUACUAAAUGAGGUCUAUGAAAACAUCUACUGCCUGUACAAAUUGUCUGAUGCUGUGUCAAUGCUGGACAUGAUCCUCUCUUUGGCUCACGCCUGCACUGUCUCAAAUUACGUGCGUCCUGAGUUCACUGAUACAUUGGCAAUAAAGCAGGGUCGCCACCCCAUCCUGGAGCGCAUUUCUGUUCAAGAACCCAUCGCCAACAACAUCUACAUCUCUGAGGGAAGCAGUUUUGUGAUCCUGACAGGCCCCAACAUGAGUGGCAAGUCCACCUACCUUAAGCAGGUGGCCCUCUGCCAGAUAAUGGCUCAGAUAGGAUCCUUUCUGCCCGCGGAGUACGCUUCUGUUCGUAUUGCGGAUCAGAUAUUCACCAGAAUAGGAGUAGACGAUGACUUUGAGACCAACUCGUCCACAUUUAUGGUUGAGAUGAAAGAGGUGUCUUACAUUAUCCACAAUACAAGCAAGAAGUCACUUAUCAUUAUUGAUGAGCUGGGCCGAGGCACCAGUCCAGAGGAAGGCAUUGGUAUCUGCCACAGCAUCUGUGAAUUCCUCAUCAGUACUAAGGCCUUCACACUCUUUGCAACGCACUUUCUUGAACUGUGCCAGUUGGAAAAUCUUUACCCCAACGUGGAGAACCAGCACAUGCAGGUUCAGCACGUCCGCGGAGGAGAUGGUAGAGCAGAGAAUGUGGUCUACACAUACCAGCUCACCCGAGGACAUUCAGAGGAGCGCCACUAUGGUAUAAGAGCAGCAGAGAUGACCAAUUUACCACCAGAAGUUAUUCAGGAGGCCAAAGCUAUCUCAGCUAAAAUCAGCCAAAACUGGGCCAAGUAUUAUAGUGACCCUGCCACUCGCAAACAAAGGGCAGACUAUCGUCUAGCCACCAAACUGCUGCAGACGGCCCGUAACUCGCGGUUGGACCCAGAGAGCCUACGUCAGUACCUGAAGGGCUUGAAAAGACAGUAUGAGGCUGAAAUUCAGAGUGCUACAGAAUCAGUUGAGAUAGAGGAGUGAGGUCUGGGUUGGGAAAUGGGUU